AUGAUACCUCUCGCACCAGUGGGCAUCACGGGCCUUAUUUUCGGUGGCUGCUGCUCCAAUGUGUAUGCGCUUGAGGCUAUCGUCAAACGGGAGCCGGACAGUGGCCUCCUGAUCACACUUGGGCAAUUCGUUCUUGUAUGCCUUGCAGCGUUUCCGUCGCAAUUCGACCCCAGCCGGCCCUUUUUUCUGAAGAGGAGCCCGGUGCCGUUCCGAAAAUGGUUCAUGAGCGCAUUCAUGUUCUUUGCUGUCAAUAUGCUGAACAAUUGGGCGUUCGCCUUCCGCAUUUCCGUGCCGGUGCACAUUAUCCUGCGCAGCUUUGGCAGCGUGACGACCAUGGGUGCCGGAUGGCUUCGUGGCAAGCGCUAUUCUACCCUGCAAGUUUUCUCGGUGGCGAUGCUCACAGUUGGCGUGAUCAUCUCCGCGUGGGCUGAUGCUACCAGCAAGGGAAAACCCAUGAGCACGUCCGGGAUCAACUUCACGGACGCAUCUUUUGAGGCAGGGCUCGUCAUCCUUCUCGUGGCGCAGCUGCUGUCUGCGUACAUGGGCGUUUAUGUGCAGGAGAUCUACGAAGAGCAUGGCAAGCAUUGGGAUGAGAACCUUUUCUACUCCCACCUGCUCAGCAUCCCCAUGUUCCUCCCGCUCCAAGGCACUCUGAUGUCGCAAUACACCCGGCUUGCCUCGUCGCCGCCGCUCUACCUUCCUUCGUCGGUCUCGUCCUCGUUGCCGCUCCCGGCGGCAAAGAUGCUGGCAUCGGUUCCCGAAUCCGUCUUCAUGCUGCUGCUUAACUCAAUGACGCAGCUUCUCUGUAUCACCGGGGUGAACCUGCUCAGCGCAAAGUCCUCGGCAGUCACGGUCACCAUUGUGCUCAACAUCCGCAAGCUAGUCAGCUUCCUGGUCAGCAUUUGGCUGUUUGGCAACAAGAUGGGCGGCCAGAUGAUGUUUGGUGCUUUUGUCGUCUUCGGAGCAGGCGGUCUGUAUGGCUGGGAGACGACGGUUGGUAUCAAGAGGAGAAAGGAGGCGGAAAGGCUGAAGGAGCUGAAGGGCAAAUGA